GAUAUAUAUUAAUUGCCCGAUUAUAAAAAUAUAUUCUCCGUAUACAUUGAAAAUAGAAAAAACCCAGAAGAAAUGAGUUACAACACAGAUGCAGAGGAAUCAGAUUCAUCGAUGAGUUCCGCUCUUUCUUCCGACGAAAUCGAUUCGGAUUCCUCAAGCUUAGAGUCUGAUUUGAGCUCAGAAUGUGAAACUGUUCAAAAUCAACAAUCUCACCAUGAUUCAUCAGGAAACAGACCAAUAAACAGAAAACGGAAAAGGGGUCGGCCAUUUGGAUCUAAAAAAAGAAGAGCUGUUGAUGUUUUCGAGGAAUCUUCAGAAGAUGAAAUACCUUCAACAAAAAAAAGAAAAAAACGUCAGUUGUUAGCCCCAGAGAGCAUAAGGAGGCUUCCAUGCUGCAUUCUCAUGUGUGCUAUGACCUUAUCAGUGGUAGAUAUUGCCACAAGUAGGUCAAACUUUAUGGCCCUUAGCACACAUGAAAAAAGUCAAUGGAUAUUAAACUGGAUCCAUAGUCAUUCGUCGUGAGUUUGGUUUUGAUAAAAGAACAAUCAAAUUAGUUCAUAUCUGCUUUUUA